UUGUUUUUUAUUUUGUUGUUAUUAUGGAGAGUUAUGAAACAUUUCGAAAUUUAGACCUUAGGCAUUUUCAAAUAUAUUUCUGAGUCGCCUUCAUCACAUAUGAAGCAUGAGUAAUCCAGGGGAAUACCAGAAAUUAGAGCUCUCCUCUCAAGAAAUCUUUAAUGAUGACAACAAAUUAAAAGUAGAAGAUUUUUCAUAUUCAUACUAUGAUGAAGACACAAAUAAUUUGUUAUUCGACCCUUGUGUUUACUACCAAAGAUAUCAAAGGGUAUUCGACAUCCUCAUUAACAUGAGAUGGAGAAAACAUGUCAGGAAAAUCACUGAAUAUGGAUGUGGUGAUUUCAAGUUAAUGAAAUUUUUCAAGCAUUUUUUGAGUCUCAGAAAAGUAAACUUUGUAGAUAUCGAUGAAAUAGUUUUGAAAGAAAAACUAAGCAAUCUGAAAAUCUGUGAUUAUCAUUAUUCGAAUAGAAGAUUCAAUCCGUUACAUGUUAAUGUAUUUGAAGGUAGCAUUGAGGAUCCAGAUGAGAGAGUACUGGAUUCUGAUGUGGUGAUAGGAAUUGAAAUAAUUGAACAUUUAUUUCCAGACACUUUAGAGGCAGUUCCUUAUGUGAUAUUCCAGAGUAUCAAACCAAAGAUUGUUAUUUUCACCACGCCUAAUGCAGACUUCAAUGUAGCUUUGCCAAAUUUUAAGAAGUUUCGUCAUCCUGAUCACAAAUUUGAAUGGACAAGAGAGCAAUUUCAAUCAUGGUGUUCCAAUAUCACGUUGAGGUUUCCUGAGUAUAAUGUUGUGUGUUUGGGAGUUGGCAAAGGUCCGAAGGGUACUGAACAUCUUGGAUGUUGUUCUCAACUAGCUUUAUUUGUCAGAAAAGAUAUCUUAGAUCACUCAAAUCAACAAUUAACAUCAAACUGUACUUGUGGGGCGCAAGAUGAGGAAGAAAAUUGUGAAAAAUGCAAUCCCAAAAAACCCUUGGGCAUUUGCACCUAUAUGACUGCUUCAAAGAAAUUCACCUGUAUAAAAGAAAAUGAUUUGAGGUUUUAUAAACACAUUUAUAAAACAGAUUAUCAGUAUAUAGAUGAUGACAAUAGAACUGACGAAGAGAAAUUGUUAGAGAUAAUGAGGAAGAACAUAAGUUACCAGGCGCCUGUUGCGGAUGGUUGUUGUUUCAUACCAUUGCAUAAGAUUAUCAGUACCUACAACCUUGGGGUACUCAUUUCAGAAGAAGAAGCAGAAUCCAUUCUCAUCCGCUAUGGUUACAAUGUGAAAAAAUGCUUCGUGAGUGAUGACAUAGGAUCAGAUGUUUGUAAAUGGAAAAGAUGCGUAGAGUUUUUGGUACAAAAAGAAGAUAGACGUCUGAAUCAUCCUCUGACGAGUCGGAAAUUUGGUACUGCAGGAAGAACAAGGAUGAUUCAUUAACUUUUACUGGCACUUCUUCUUUAUAUUUAUUUUUAGCUACCGGACUUACUCAAAUAAUUUCGAUUUUUUUUUUUUGGGAUAAUAUGGAGUUAUCAAUCUCAAUUCAAUAUGAAUAUAUAAUCCAAUGAAGAAUGAAUAUAUGGACAAACUGUGAUGUUUUAGUAUAGAAAUUAGUUUCAAGAUUCAAGAUCUGGUCAAAUUUUUUCUCAAAAGAAAAGCUAAUAAUUAUAUUUUUUGGCUAACUUUAGGGAUGAUUGGGAUCUGGCAAUAUAGAAUUUCAUUUUUAUUUGAAUGCUGUAGUGAAAAUGUUAUUACAAGUAUAAUAAAGUUGUCUAAAAU